AUGAAAUUCACUAAAGUUUGUUCAGUUUUUACGCUUUUCCUUGCUGUAAAAUUAUUAACCCCCGAAUGCUAUUGUGAACAAUUAAGUAACAAGGCCCACCCACAUAAUAAUCAUUCUCAUAAUAGUGCUAGUGGUAACAAGAACAAUGCAUCUUCAAAUAACAAUUCAGCCCCUACCAAUUCAAGUUCAUCGAACCCAGCAUCAGGUAAAAGUGCAAAUCAAGGAACACCAUCAACCCAAGAAACUUCAGCAACAUCAGCAAAAUUAGAAUCCCAAGGAAAAACUGUCCCAGCUCCAACCCCUGAACCAGUGACCCCACCAAAAGAUAAUGGGGAUAAAGCAAUUGAUCAAAUUGACGAACAAAUUGAGAAAAAAAAGAAAAGCAAAAAAUUAUGUUUAAUAUCAGCAGCUGCUACAACAUUGGCACUCCUAGUAGGAGGUGCAUUAGGCUUCGGGAUUUAUAAAAGCAAAAAAGGAGCCAAUACAAAUGCAGAACCCACUAUAAAUGAUAAUACUCAACCAACAGCAGAAUAA